AUGCAGGACCGGGAGGGGACUUUUGGUCUGGGGGCGCGGGUGGAAAAAAUCCACAGGGGGGACCACGUUCAAUGGAGGGCAGACAAUGUAUAUAUUGGGUAGUGAGGGGAAACAUGGUUGAUUUGUCCUUAAAAAUUUAGUUUUUACUAUAUAAAAUAGCUUAAAAAUUUAAUUUUUACUAUGUUGAUCGCCCCAAAAAUUUAAUUUCAACCCAUUUUCAGGCUUUGUCUUCUUCUGGGGAUGGGUGUUCGUGGUCUCAACCACCCUAGUCUUCUUCUUCAAGCACGAAAUCGACCAUUCCUUACCAUCACAACAAGAAAAACUGGAAGAUCAAACCGGAGGACCAGCAGAACCAGACGAGGAGAUGCAUCUGGGCGUGUUCGAGACCUACUCAGUACUAUUCAAGAUCCUCUGCCUAAAGCCAAUGCGAGUCAUGGUUGUGGUCCUAUUAACGGCCAAAAUUGCUUUCGCCGCCGCUGAUUCCAUGACUGAUUUGAAGCUUAUCAAUGCUGGAAUAACGACUGAUAAGAUCGCUUCAAGAUCGAUAUUCCUGACGCCGCUACAGAUCAUUUUACCGUGGUUAUUGGGGAAACAAACGGCCGGACCAAAACCACUGAAUGUGUUCUUAUGGGCUUAUCCUUAUAGGUAGGUGGAAGGUUUGGGGGUUUGGAAUCUGGAAGGAAAGUUCUUGUCAUAUUUUGAUUUGUAAAGAAAGUUCUUGCCAUUUUUUGUUUUGCAAAGAAAAUUAUUUCCAUUUUUCAUUUUGUAAAGAAAGUUUUUGCAAUUUUUUGUUCUAUAAGGAAAGUUUUUGUCAUUUUUUGCUUUGGAAAGUAAGUUUUUGCUACCUAUGGUUUUGGAAAGAAAGUCCUUGUUAUUUUUUGCUUUGUAAAGAAAGUUCUUGCGUAUUUUUUCGACUGAAGGAAAGUUUUGCAAUUAAUGACUAUUUUUUUGAAAUUUUAAAAAUCUGAUAAAAAAUUCAAAUUCAGCAUGAAAUUUAGACCUAAAAACAUGUAAAAUUUGCUAUAAAAAUCGAAGAAAUAGCUGAAAAACGGCCUAGUAUAGUGGUAGUGCGCUGGAUUUUGGCGCGAAACCGCUUUGGUUCGAAUUCUCUUGGAGGAAAAAGGCUUUGACUGAUUUUUUCGCUAGUUUUACAUUUUUAAUUAGGUUGAUAUAGGUAAAGGAUACAUUCCUGUGAUGGUGUGGUACUACUGGUACACUUUUUGAUACUAUUUUUGUUAUUUGUGGUCCAAAAACAUUGAAAAGUUGAUUCAAAAGCGGAUUUUUUUGUGAAAAAUAUGUUUUGACAAUUUAAAAAAUAAUUUUGAAAUAUUUUAAGACAAGAUAAGUUUUAAAAUGUCAUUUUUUAGAAUCCUAAUGGGUGUAGCCUUCGCCGCCCUGGUCUAUUGGACUCCAUCGUUCAGGGAAGCCAAUGGUGAAUAUCCAUACCUAUAUUAUGUGAUCUGGAUUGGUGCCUACUACCUUCACCAAAUCUCCUCAUACUGUAUUUUCUUAUCAAUGAUGGCUUUCAAUGCUCAAAUCUCGGAUCCGAAGAUCGGUGGUACCUACAUGACAUUGCUGAAUACAUUGAACAACCUGGGUGGGAAUUGGCCAGCCACCUUUGUCUUGGCCAUUACUGACUUCUUUAAUAAAAAGAAUUGUGUCAGUGCUGUUAACCAAACGUGAGUUUUGUCGUUGUUUUGAGGUUUUAUGAGAUUUUUAAGGGUUUUGGGUCGAUUUUAGGGCUAUUUUUGAUGAUUUUUCAAGGUUUCUUGAGCUGUAAAGAAAGUUUUUGCGAAUUUUUAAAAAUUUGUUUUGACACAAUUGAAAGCAUUGGUAUUUUGAACCUUUUUUGAUAAACAGUCAGGCUUUAAAUUUAAGUUUCAAUGGUUUUCAGUCGAUUUUAAGGCCAUUUUUGAUGAUUUUUAAGUGUUUUUUUGAGCUGUAAAGAAAGUUUUCGCAAAUUUUUUGAAAAUUUGUUUUAACAUAACGAAAGAUCUUGUUAUUCUGUCAUUUGUCAAUAAUUUUGAUGUUAUUUGAAAAUUCGUCCAAAAAGUUAUGGCAUUUUUUAGAAGCUGGAAGUUGAGUGGAAGAUUUGUAAUGUGUUUUGCACUGAAAAUCUUCCACUUACUUUCACUUUAAAAAGGGUCAAAAACGUGUUUUUAGACCAUUUUAAGACAUUUUGAAAAUGGAAGUUGUGUGGAAGGUUUUCAGUGGAAAAUACAUUACAAAUCUUCCAGUCAACUUCCACUUUUUUAAUUUCGUCUUUUUGGGUUUUAAAAUGAAAGUUAUGGCUAUAUUAUGUUUUGUAGAGAAAGUUCUUGCAAUUUUUUGAUUUGUAAAGAAAUUUCUUGCCAUUUCUAAUUUUGUAAAGAAAGUUUUUGCAAUUUUUCAUUUUCAGAAUCCUGGGUACGUGCACGAAGAAGCACGAGGAGGACCUGUGCAAAGCCGGCGGAGACUUGUGUGAGUGGGAAGUGGAUGGGUACUAUAUUUCAUCCGCAAUCUGCACCAUCCUAGGCCUAAUUUGGUUCAAAAUCUUCUACAAUCGGAUCCAGAUGUUCCAGAAGAUUCCACGAUCGGAGUGGAGGGUUAUGAAGUCCAAGAAUUGA